AUAUACAUACACACACAAAUUCAAACUAUUGAUUUUAUCAUUGACUGAAAUCAGUGACGUUAACAAAUUCCCUGAUGGGAAUAAUAAGAUAUUGCAACAAUUUUUCUCUUUCUCUCUCUUUCUCAUUGAAUUUGUAUAUACUAUAUCGUGAAUGAUCUACGCGCACAAGAAGAAGAGUACACAAUUCAGUUUCGCAAUAUUAUACGCGCAUCGCGAUCUGCUCCGUUCAUCGGUAUGUUAAUUAAAUGCAGACCGCGAAACUGCGAAGCGAGAGAGAAGAGGAAAGAAGAGAGAGAGAUCGAGAUUCGCGUGCGCGCUGAUCCUGCGAGCGUGCACGAGCUUCUUUGAGCGUGUAAGCAUCACACAGGAGCGAGUAGGAGAAGAAUAAGACGAGGAAGAAAAGAAGAGCGGCAGGCGUACACAAGCGGAGGAAGCAGAAGGCGAUCAUAACGUCGGUCUCUCCCGGUUGUAUAAGACAAUGAUACAGUUACACGAUGCUCUCAGUUGUGAGCCAAUCGUAAGAGGUACGGCACAGAAAGGCUCGUACAUACACGUGAAAGUAUAAUGAACCGUGGCAGGGAUACGUGUUGAUUACGUGCCCGGCACGGCAUAAUUAAAUAGACAAACGCUCGUCGACACCUCCGAAUAACAGGGAGUCGCUCUGCAAAUCGGCGCGAAGUAUCAAUGCGAUCGAGCGAGGACGAAUGUUCGAGCAGUGAUAGAUCCAUCUUUCCGUGUUGAAACGAGAAAAGUCCUUUCUGUGCAACGAAGAUUUAUUAUGACGUGCGCGUUAAGUUUUCACGAUUUUUCGUGAAAUACAAUUUAUCACACACAGUUCGGAAGGGUUAUCAACGAUUACGUUCUUGCGAUCGCUAAUCGUGCGCGUUUAUCUUCUAUCAGGCAUUUUACUUCCAGGAAGGCAACUCUCGUGUGCAUGAAUCGUGAUCAGUGUUGUGCUUGGAGGAGUUUAAAAUUAUAUCCGAAUAAAAAAAUGAGAUGUCAGACAAUUAGAAAGUAAUAAUCAUGUAUACCAAUUAAGGGAGGAGAAUAAACCGAUAUUAUAUAAUUAGCAAUCACGAGUAAAUAAAAGUGAUCAUGUCACAGUAACACGAAGACAGUGAGAAUAAUUUUGAUCAAAACUGCAGGAAGCAGGAAAUUGUACAAUAUAGGCAUCAUGUGAAGUGAAAUGAAGUGAAUAUCCUUAGACCACGAAGAGAAUCUCUUUCAGCAGCAAUGGAACACCAUCAGCGGGGAUUUCUCGUUUUCAUCAUUUGUUUCCUGCGAUCCUCUCAAGUGUUGCACUCCAACGGUCUUACAAUUAACAAUCAGCUUGUAAUAAUUGCGAAUGAUUGCUAUACGAGAGUGGCUAUCGGAUUUAAAUUGCCGGACAUAGACAUCUUCUCCAGCGUCACGGUUGGCAGCAUUUCGGAAUGCGAAGACGAAUGUUCGAGAAGAAGGAAUUCCUGUAACGCGUUUGCUUUCGGGAUCGGUAUCAAAGGUAACGGGACAUGUGCCCUGAGUAGAAAAAUACCAAAGCCCGAAGAAUUGCAAACUCACGCCGAUUACGACGUCUACGUGAGAAGUCAACGUUCGCUACAUUGUGAACCAGAUCGACUUUACAAGAUGAGAAGUGACACCAUCAUACGAGAAAGAGGAAACGAGACAAAAUCAGCCACCAUAUUCGGAAGAGGCCCUUCGGAUCCGACAAUACCAAGUAUCCUAUCAUUUCCAAGAAUCAUGGGAAACAUGAUGCAUAUCGUCGCCAAUGAUCCUUCGCACCAGCACGUGGGUUCCUUCGACGAUGAGCUUCGGAUCUCCGAUAACCUUAGAAACAGAAAUACGAUGGCUAGCAGUUCUUUCGGAAUCAGCAACGCAGAGAUCGAUAACGAUGUCUCGAUAUAUCGUUCGGAUUUUAAUCGACCGUCCUUUCGAAAUCCAUUCGACGAUAUCAAUCACCUAACUUUUGAAUCGAACUCGGACAACAAUUUUCGUCCAUAUAAACCUCUCACUGUCCACAACGGGCUCUUCGAAGUUUUCUCAAGACCUAUCUUCGUCUACGACGAAGCGUCAAAAACCAAAUCUCCGACAGAUUUCAAGUUCUGGAUCGAUCACGUUCCGAUGAAAGAUCGAAACACAUUUAUAAAGCACCGAUAUCAGAAUGAAAAAGGAUAUUUCAAUCAUCUCCAUAAAGAUCAUUGGAUCAUCGCAGGACCGAAGCAAAAUGAAUUAGGAAGUUACGAAACCAAUCAAAUACCACGUCCGAUUAAUUCUUACAAUUUCGAGACUGGCGGGGUCAAAAGUUCGACCGGAAGAUUCAAGGACACUUCCGAUAUCCAGAAUCUAGGAUCGCCGUUGAUUUUUCGCGAUUUUGGGUCAAGGAUCACUGAUAAAUCGUGCUACAGAAGACUGCUGUCCGGCAAGAAGAGCUUGGACCUGCACGUCAGACGCAUCGUCGAGUGCGACAACAUCGAGGGUUGUCAUCGCGCUUGUGACUAUGAGAAGUUUUUCGUUUGCGAGGGUUUUAAUUAUAGACGCAUGUCACAUGGGAUGAGAGGAAUGUGCGAGAUGACAUCGGUGCCUUAUUCUCGCAUGGAUCUCCAUCGAGACUUUGUAUCGGAUCCUCAAUGUGAUUAUUACGAGAGGGAUCCGAAUUGCGUGGCAAACGCGCCCGGAACACGACCAUCUUAUUGGAAUCAACCUAGACCUAGUCAAUCUUAUGGUCCUCCUAAUGAAAAACCAGAUACGAGACCCUACGCCCCGGAUCAACGUCCCCCCGAGGAAGUGCCGCGACCUCUGAAUUACGAUCGACGACCCUUAAAAGAAAUUCCGCGACCCUUGGAUUACGAUCGACGUCCUUCAAAUGAAAUUCCGCGACCGUUCGAUUAUGGAGAUCACAAUCGAUGGGCACCGCCAAAGAGCUAUGGGCAUCCUUAUCGCGGACAUUAUGAUGAUACGUUCGAUCGGAGAAGUUAUCCCAAUAAUCAAGAUCAGACUGGAUAUUCAGGAACGAGAUCGGAAGAUUCAUACGGUUACGGCAGUCGAUAUCCACCUAGACGACCUGUUGACGACGAUUUUUAUAACAGAAAUCUACCACGGUAUCCGAAAUAUCCGAAUAGACGAAUCGAGCAUGGAUCCACUCAUGACAUAGGUACAAACGAAAUUGGACCGUACUUGCCGGACCAUCGAAAGGAUCCGAGUCGCGAUUGGGAUACUUAUGGCACUGUUUACGGUGGUUCUUACGGCUACGACACAAAUUAUGUGGGAAAGGUUGACGUACCGAAAUAUUAUCCGAAACUCCCGCCACCACCGCCGCCAUCUCGUCCUUAUGAGAACGAUCACUUUUACGGCGAUUUUUACAAUUACGGCGGUGCAUUUGGAUACGGCGAUAGUUACAUACCGGCCAAUCAAGAUCCGCUUUAUGGUGAUACUGGAAAAAUCAAAGAGUGCUCUGUUCGAGCCGGCGCAGGAUUCAAACUUAGCAGAGGAGUCGUUCGAAAAACUUAUCUGACGGCGAAUUUAGAUCAGUGCGAGAGUUUGUGCAUUAACGAGAAGAGUUACAUAUGUAUGACCUUCAGUUAUAGAUACAAUGUAGCACCUACGGAUCCUACGGACAAUUGUCUCCUUAGCGACGUUUCGUAUAAAGAUCUGAAUUUUUACGUCGAUCUCGAACCAGAUCGUGAUUAUGAUAUUUACGCCAUGAUUACCAAUUCAAGAACCUGCGGCACAAAAAGAGAGCCGAGUCCACAUCCUCCGGAUGAAUGUUUUUGGAGAGUCAGAAGCGGAUUCGGAAUGCCGACGGAUGUCAUUAGGAAAUCGAUAGCAGUCAACAAUCUAGGGGAAUGUCAAGCGUCAUGCACGGUAGCGCAAGAUUUCACAUGCAGAAGCUUCGCGUUCAAAUACGGAUUAGAACAAGAUCGAUCCGAUGUUUCAACUAAUUGUUAUCUAAGUGAUUGGCCAUCGCAGGACAUCAAUCCUGCCCAUAUGCCGGAUAUGGAUGGUGCGGAAUUGUAUGAAAAAGGCAGUUUUGGCAGAGGAUGCGAACCAUACGCCGUACCAUUUUUCAAUACAGAACAAUUCAAUAGCAAGCAAUCUCCGCAAGGCGCAGAUGAAGUAUGUUAUUCCGGAUAUAACAAGCCAUGCAAAUUGACACCUUACGCCAUACUUCUGGCAACGUACGUAAACUCGGAACAAGAUUGUCGACAGAAAUGUUCGAGGAUGAGAGAAACUGAUUCUAUUCCUUGCAUGUCUUAUAGUUACAAGCUCACUACGCAUGGCACAGAAGAGAAUUGUUUACUUAGUGACGUACCUAUAAGAGACUUGCGACCGGGUCUAGAUUACAUCUAUGACAAAAAUCACGUCCUUUUCACAUGGAAAGAUCUCGAUCCUUAUUGCGUGAUCACUGGCUCUUCUGCCGAUGACGAUCAUGUGUUUGGUGGACAAAGCCCGUUAAGACCUUUGAGCCCUUCGCGACCCAAUAUUAGUCCAGGAUCUGGUUAUCCAAACAUGAGGCCCGAUGUGUAUCCUGCUAUGUAUCCAGACGCUAGACCUUUAUUAAAACCAGGCGGUCAUCAUCACGCCGUAAUACCAUUCGAUCCUGAUAAACCUGAUCCUAUCAGACCGCUUCGUCCUAGUAGUAGUUAUGGUGACAAGUUUGGAUACGGUAUUCGUCCUGGUGGACCUCUUUAUCCGGAUGAAUUUUCGACUUUCCGCUAUUACACGGUAAACGGUUACCCAUGUAAGAAGGGUACAAAAUGCGAGAAAAACAAAAUUGCCGGAUUCUGGAGCUGUGAGCCCGAAGGAGACGAAUAUGGUAGCUGGGAUUAUUGUUGUGCACCAACGCAUCGUUGUGGCUACUCGCAAGGAUAUCAAUAUCUAUGGUGUUAUGUGGGAUCGUCAGAAGACCAAUGGCGGCCUUGCAGCGAGAAAUAUUACCCCUAUCUCCCAAGUCCGCGACCGAUUCGUCCAAUGAUCGAAGGCGACGAUCGCCACGAUCGUCCCGAUUAUCACCAUAGUCGUCCCGAUUAUCAUCAUAAUCGCCCAGAUUAUCGACACGAUCCUGGUUACAGCAGGCAUUGGCCAAUCACAUAUCUGCACGGGGAACCUCCGCCGAAUUGUACGGAUUCGCUCGCGUCCGCUGAUAACAGCGAAAAUCGUCGUUUGAACGAGACAAUUCCGACCACGAUCGUAAUGCCCAGUAACAGCACGAUCAAUACUAUAAAUAACGGGAAUAGUACGAUUGCCAACAGAAUACGCCGUCGACGGCUACGAGUGCGUACAAUCGUCAACGAUCACCACACACCCUUCUCGAAAAAAAUCGAUGCCCAGAUCAUAGCAAACGAAACAAUGCAAAAUCGUGUAAAUCAAACGAGUCGCGAGCGCGCUGCAAAAAUCGAAAGAGUUUCCAAACCAAUAAACACCAUCGCGCCAUCUGCGGCGACGAAUGCAAAUUAUGGCGCGCAAUUUAAAAACGCGAAAAGCGAUGACGGAAUGAUCCAAGUACCUGUGAUCACGCCAAAUAAUUCACUGCCAGCGAAUGGGGCCUAGAUAUUCACGGUGAUCUCGAAUAUUUUAUGGUUCCAUCGUCAAAAAAACGAUAUAUUUAAAUUAUUAACGUUGUUACUAUGUUAUUCAAAAUUUGAAGAUCGUGCGAAAUUAAUCGUAAGAGAUUUUUCAGAAGAAUGUGUGUUUCCUCUUCGAAGAAGAUAUAUUGUAAUUUCUAUUUAUAUUUUAUAAUCUUGUAAUAAAUUACGAUUGUU